AUGGUUAGCAACUCAGCUUCUCCACUGGAUAUACUCAUAUGGACCAUUAUGGGAAUUUUAUCCAUGGCUUCCCUGUUAGGAAAUGGUUUUAUCACAGUUGUGGUGGGACAACAAUGGCUUCGAAAUAGAAAGUUGUUGACCUGUGAUUUCCUCUUGAUUAGUUUGAGCACAUCCAGAUUUCUGAUGCAACUGCAUGCUUCAGCGAACAAUCUUCUAUAUCUCAUCUCCUCAGAGACCUCCUUGGAUUCUUAUAAUGAGGUAGACAGUUAUAUUAUCUGGCUGUUUUUCAACUUAGCCAGUCUCUGGUGUGGCACGUGGCUAAGUGUUUUCUACUGUGUGAAGAUCACUAACUUUACCAAUCAUGUCUUCCUCUGGCUGAAGUCAAGAAUAAACAUCUUUGUACCCAGAUUGCUUGGAAUGUCAAUAGUCAUUUCCAGUAUCUCCUUUCUUCCUCCACUGGUUGAAUAUUUUGGACACAAAAAGUGGAGAAAUCAGACAGGCACUCUGCCAGGAAGUGCCAACCAUAGUAAGGUUCCUCACAUGUUUAUUUUUCUUCCUCUGCAUCUCACUUAUACUUGUAUAAAUUUCAGCAUAAGCAUAACUGCAUCUAUUAUUUUGCUCGCCUCACUGUGGAAGCACAAGAAGAAUUUGAAGAAGAGUGGUCUUGGAGUUACGGACCUCAGCACCCAGGUACACAUCAAUGUCAUUAUGCUAUUGUUGUUUUAUGUCUUCUUCUACUUACUAUAUUUCACUGGCAUGAUACUAUUUGCCAGUGAUUCUAUCCCGCUUGAAAGCACUGAAAGACUAAUUGUGGACAUCUUGACAACUUCAUUUCCUUCUGCACACUCCAUCGUAUUAAUAUUGACCAAUCCAACACUGAAAGAAAUGGCUGCUCAUGUUCUGAAUAUUAGACGAAGAGUUUCAUAA